GGCGGUGGGUGAGGGGGCGCCAAAAUGGCGGCGGGCGCCUGAGGCGGCGAUGGCGGCGCUGAGGCGGGCGCUGAGCGGGGCCUGGCGGCCGCCGCCGCCACCCUCUCACCGCGGCUUUGCCCGGCCGGCGGGGCCGCCGAGCUCCCGGCAGCUGCGGGAGGCCGACGAGGCCGCCCCGGUGUUCCAGUACGCGGGGAAGGCGGCGCGGCGCCGGGGGCGCGUUUUCGUCUGGGGCUUCUGCCUGGCGGGCGCCCUGGGCGUCCCCAGCUUCGUGAGGCCGGACGCGGGCUGGAAGAGGCCGCGGCGGGUGCAGCCGACGCCGUACCGGCUGGAGACGGACGGGAAGAUAACCUCUGCUGCCUGUGGUUAUGGAUUCACACUGCUGUCUUCUAACACCACUGACAUCACCAAAGUGUGGGGCAUGGGGCUGAACAAGGACUCCCAGCUUGGAUUUCAGAGGAGCAUAAGAGACAGAACUAAAGGCUACGAAUAUGUCUUGGAACCAUCUCCAAUUCCGUUACCACUGGAGAAGCCACAGCAAACUCGAGUCUUGCAGGUGUCCUGCGGGAGAGCCCAUUCCCUGAUCCUGACGGACAGCGAAGGAGUCUUCACCAUGGGAAACAAUUCUUAUGGACAGUGUGGUCGGAAGAUUGUUGAAGAUGAAAUUUACAGUGAAAGCCAUUUAAUUCACCAGCUGAAUGAUUUUGACAGCAGAGUUGUCCAGGUUGUGUGUGGCCAGGACCACAGUCUGUUUAGAACCGAGAAAGGCACGGUCUUUGCGUGCGGUUGGGGAGCUGAUGGACAAACAGGCCUUGGGCACUACAAUAUCACCAGUAUUCCUACGAAGCUAGGUGGUGACAUCGCCGGGGUGAACGUUAUCCAGGUCUCUUCCUAUGGGGACUGUUGUCUGGCUGUCUCAGAUGAGGGAGACCUCUUUGGCUGGGGGAAUUCUGAAUACUUGCAGCUGGCGUCUGUCACUGAAACCACGCAGGUCAGCGUUCCCAGACACUUGCCGUUCAAGAUUGGGAAGAUAAAGGAGGCCGCGUGUGGAGGGACGGGCAAUGUUGUGCUGACAGAAGAAGGAAAUGUUUUUGUCUGGGGAUAUGGAAUUCUUGGGAAAGGACCAAACCUAACAGAAACAGCGGUGCCAGAGAUGAUCCCGCCCAGCCUCUUUGGCUGGUCAGACUUGAAUCCGGACGUCUGCGUUGCUCAUGUUCGCUGUGGACUCAGCCAAUUUGCAGCACUUACAAACAGAGGAGAACUCUUUGUAUGGGGCAAGAACCUAAGAGGGUGCCUGGGAAUUGGAAGAAUGGAAGACCAGUAUUUCCCAUGGAGGGUGACUGUGCCCGGUGAGGUGGUGGACGUUGCGUGUGGCGUGGAUCACAUGGUAAGCAUGGUUAAAUCUUUCACCUAGCAGUGCUGCUGGGCCUCAGCGCUGCGCUUUGAAGACGGGGGAGCUCGGUGAUGAGCUUCUGGGAAAGGAAGACUCGCUCCGUGGAACCGGGCAAGAAGUGACUGUGAGCAGGGACAGCCCUAGCAGUGCCUGGGUGUGCUCUCAUCUCUGCAUUGUUGAAAUGCUCCGGCCUGGCUGCAGGAGGGAAGGAUGCUCCCUGAGGAGGGCAGCAGUGCACAGAGUGCUCUGGCUGUUCCCUGACAAACUCCCAAAGAGGCUGAGGCCCAGCCCGCAGCUGGUGCGUCCUGUGCCUAAGGAUGAAGAGAUCUCCCUCAGGGAAGACUGGUGUGAGGUGAAAUCCGUAGCACAGGGCAUUCGUUGACGGGUGCUUUCCUUGUCACCAGCUCUGGGGUGUCAGCAUUGGACUGAGCCAAGCUAUUUCCCCAGGGAAAGCUUUAUAGUUACUAGUUUUUUAUGCAGAAGAAAACUCAUUCUGGCUGUUGGAGUCCAGCACAGCUGUGCUCGGUGUCCCCUACCAGCUGUGCUCUGCCCAGGCCCCUGUUCUCUGCAGAAGCUGGAUGUGGCCAGGGGCCUGCAGGCAGGUGGCGUGCCCGUGGCCCGGGCUGUCACAGGCUCUGCGUGCGCUCUGAAGACUGAACAGCCAAGGAACAUCCAGGGAACACGUUUGUUAGACUGGGAGAGUGAGAAUUUGUCUGCAGGGGGAAAGUGCUGCUGAGAAGACCACAGGGAAAGAUAAAUAUGCUGCUGCUGCUGUGGAAGCACAGGCCAAAGGGCAGUGGCCAGUCCAGCCUGUUUAUGGAAGUAGGCUGGAAACAAAGGUCCCUCCGAACUGCACGUGGGGCUGAUGUUCAGGCAGUGGAAAUAAGCAGCACUCACUGUUUGUCACGUAGUGGUCUCCGUGUGCUGAUCACAAACCGCUGCCUCUGAUUUUUGGGGAGUCCUGGCAGUCCUUCUCGUCCCUGGGGUUACGGUGGCUCUGAGUUGCAAAGAGCCCUCUUGGCUUAGCCUGGCUUUCCUGCAGUGCGUGAGCCGUAGCGGGCAGUAAGCACAGCCUUGUUUCUUGGUGCCUUCUUAGCAGAGAAGUUGCGUUAAGCGCAUUUAGGAUGCAGUAAGCUAAAGGAGAUGGGAAGCAGCAGCUGGAUGUGCCUGUAGCAGGCAUUCAGCAAAUCUCACACAGAAGUGUGGGAAAGUUUCUUGUGAAAUGCUCCCAACCUCAGGCAUAGCUGUGUCAUUUAUGUAUGGGAUACUCCUGCUUUGUCAAGGAAAAAAAUUAAUUUUAUUAUUUAAAAAAAACGUUAUUUUUGCAAAAUCCAAGCAAUUGUUUUAAAUAAAGCGAGUGUUAAGU